AUGGCCAGGCGCACAAAGAUAAAAAAUCCACGCGAAGCUCGCUCCCAACGACUCAGACGCUCGCAGAAUGCCGCCCUGAACGCAAGCGCAUGGUCUCGACUACGCAGGAGAGAAACAAUUGCUUCAGAAGAACCAGACAAGAUUGAAAACUCAGAAACAAUGCAGAUUCCUUACGAUCCAAACGACGAGUCUCAGCGGCAGCAUGAAGAUUCCGAGUCCGAAGAUGAGGAAGAAGACACUACUUCGAGAUGGAAGUUCAAAUUAGCAUCAAUUCGACGCAGGGAGAUCCGUAAAGAGCUAGAAAAGAUCUUAUUGCUCGACAAUCCUUUCAAGGCAGGCCGCAAGUAUACAGUAUCAUAUUUCAGGAAGCAAUGGAACCACCAGCGAACGUUUCGAGCAGAUCACACAGAUGAAGAGCAGGAGCGAAGGGAAAAAGUUACUGCUGAGCAAAAUCAAUGCAGAGAGCGCCUGACGGAUCCGGACCUUGAUCUUUUAUCGGAUGCGGAGGUCAAGAAGAUUUCUGAUAAGAUCGAAAAGGUGUCCAAGAAACUCAACAAAGAUGCUGGGGAAGCUGAGGCAUUGGCGAUGAGCAACGGCUGCUCCUGCUGUUAUGGAAUUCGAAAAAUGAAUUAUACACCCAAGCUGUCCAACUCCGAGCAGAACGCCAACCCUUAUUGGAUGCGAAAAAACUUGGGACUCGUGUGGGGACUGAGCUCAAAGAAAAAAUCCUCAAAGCAAUGGGGAAUCGCCGCCCAGCAGUCAAACGAUUACUCAACAAGUAUCACUCUGCUCGGAAACCAACCGGAAAAUGUAGAUGUGGAUUGUUUUGACAGCUUAGUUCUUCACGGCUUGGAUCGAAGAGAUCGACUCCGAGUAAUUUGUAAAGAGCUACGUUGUCGACAGACUCUUCACGCAGCCUUGGUUGAAGAGUGGCAUUCACAUGUCCCAUGGCUUGCAAAUCAUUGUCAGCCAAGUGAAUACCGCACAUCAAUGCUCCGCAAUUGGGACAACAUGCGGACUAAAAUGGGCUUAGCAGAAUAUGCAAGCUCAUCAAACCUGCCUGAAGUAGAUGUUGAGUUGGAGGAGGCAAUACUCGAAGUGGGAGCGGACGAUGGGGAGGAUGCUGAAGAAGAUAUGUUUCUUAAUACCGACGCGGAGGAUGACGGCACUGAUGAUGAUUAG